CUUGUUAAAUAUUUCGAAGCGCUUGUGCGGACACCAGUCUGUGAGGAGACUUACACCAUGGCAGGACGUCCUGGAGGUUAUUACGGCUACGGCGGCCCACCGCCCCCGCCCCCGCCGGGUCACCCCCCACACAUGUUCCCCGGCCCUCCCGGGGUCAUGUACUAUCCUGUCCACCCCGCCUACUUCUAUCCCUACCCUUCCCAACCUGAACCGGUCCAAGUGGUGGACAGCCCGCCCGAGGAGGCCGUCCCGGAACUUCCCGGAGAGACGGUCGAGCUGCCGUGGAGUACAUACCGUUGGGUCCCAGCAUGCCUUAGCCAGCGCAGCAUCCCGCCGGGCGCGCUGCGCGUGGGCACGGACGCGGACGGCGACGAGAUCUACGCGGGGCGCGCGCCACAUGAGGGCGACAUCCUGCCCGCUAAGGUCAUCCCCAACAAAAACGCCUGCUACGUCGCACACAAUGGGGAGGAAGUUCUGAAAGAUCAAUUUGAGGUGCUGGUGCCAGCCAUGUUCUCGUGGCAGUUCUCCACGAACGGCGCGGUGCCACCCGGCGCAGUGGAGGCGGGCGUCACCGCCGACGGCGAGAAGCUGUACUUCGGCCGCGUCACACAUGACGGCUGCGUCACUCCUGGCAAGAUACACCCCAGCCACGGGUCGUGCUAUUACCCGUUCGACGGUGAAGAGAGGAGCUCAGCCGAGUACGAGGUGCUCGUGCUCAUGUAGAUUUAUUCAAACAUUAGGGUUCUACGUACAGCCUUGAAUAGUCCCAAAGAUAUUAAAUUACGCAAUAUGUUGUUAAAAAAAUAAGUUUUAGUGAUGAUCGGCUGUGGAAUUCUCGGAAGUACUUGCCAUUUCAGUUGUUUAUAAUUAUCUCCAGUGAUAUUUAAAUAUUAUAAAUAAAACGAUGUAUGUCAUUAAUGUAAUAACUCAAUAAUAACAUCCAACAAUUUUCAA